CUGAAAGAAGCCCCGAACACCGUAAUAGAAGCAAUCCAAAGUGUCACUUGUCAAUGAGAGAAAGGGAGGGAGAGGGAGCAGGAACGAUGGUGGUAACGAAGUGACGAAAGGGCAGAUGGGCGCCAGUUGGUGGCUGUUGGCUUUGGCCUCGAAGCGGGCACACCGAGAGCCCGUGUGUUCUGGAUGCAAGUGUCUGUAUUGGACUAUGUACAAUCAGCCAAGCAGAAGAUGCGCACAAUGGACCUUACAGUGUCCAUGGAGAGGGGGUGUGGGAAGAGGGUUCAUGAGGAGAAUGCCAAACACAACAGCGCGAAAGCAGAUUUGGUCGAUAGCAAAGCCAGACAGCGAAGCCAGACAACGAAGCCAGAUAUUCGCUGACAACAGCAACAGCAACGGCAACAGCAACGGCAACAUUGGCAGCGAGAGAUCGAUAAAGCUGCUCCCUUCUGUGCAGUAGCUGUUGGCUCGCACUGAGCCCGCCGUGUUGCUACAAGACAUCACGCCGACGCUGGCUGAGUCCGACGAUUGAUUCGCUGGUGUCGAUUACGAAUGCAGGUACGGAGCAUCAUAAUAUCAGCGCGUGUCCUUGCCGAUCAUAGAAUGGGUUCGAUAAUUAUCCAGUGUCUGGGCGCUGAGCCCCAGAGGCGACAGGAAU